AUCACCAACCAGCACCGACGAUCGCUCGCCCCAGGCACCAGCGCCAGCGCCAGCGACAACAGCCCACGCCGCAACCAGGCCGCCGACUCCCCUCGUCCGAUCCCAGCCCUCGCUUGUAUCCGCCAUGGCCACCACAGGCGAAGUCGAGCCCCAGAUCCAAGUGCGCUUCCAUACCCGACAUGCCAAAUACUCUGUCACAGACGCAGCCAUUCUGGUCCCGACCAAGCUGCGGCGCUACGGGCUGUCUGAAAUCAUCAACCAUCUGCUGGCACUCGACCGACCCGUCCCGUUCGACUUUUUGAUCGAUGGACAGUUCUUGCGCACCAGCAUCCAAACCUAUCUCGACGACAAUGGCCGUUCAUCGGAACAAGUGGUCGACAUCGAAUACGUGGAGUCUGCCCUGCCUCCCCAGCAGAGCGCCGCCCUGAAGCACGACGACUGGAUCUCUAUCGUCCGCGGUCACCGACAGCACCCUCUGAUCUUGUCGGGAUCGUACGAUAACACCGCACGCAUCUGGGACCGGUCUGGAAACUGCGUUGGUAGUCUGGCCGGACAUGAUGCGGCUGUCAAGGCUCUCAGUUGGCUGGCAUCCGAGGACGGAGACAUUCUGCAGUGCUUCACCGGAUCGCAGGAUGAGCGCGUCAUUGCCUGGAACAUCAGCACUUUGGACUUUUCGUCAGAGUCUCUCUACGAAUGCGUGGGACACAAGGGCAGCAUCGAAGGAAUCGCUGUCAAUACCGCCGCGACCCAUAUGGCGACGGCGUCGUAUGACUCCACGAUCAAAAUCUGGACGGUUGAUGCCGACGACAUUGAGGAGGACGACACCCAGCGAGAAGACGCACCGAAGCGCCGGAAAACCAAUGUACCCAAGAUGGCUGUCAAGCUUGCCUCCGAGACCUUGGAGGGACAUCAAGGCGCCGUUUCGUCGGUGGUGUUCCACCAAGAGACUGGCUCGCAGAUCCUCUAUAGUGGUGGAUGGGACCACUCCGUCCGCCUAUGGGACGUCAGCGUUGGCUCGAACAUAUCCACGAUGAACUGCGAACGGGUGAUUACCUCGAUCGACCACUCGGCCCAGUCCGAGCUGCUGGUGACGGGCCACGCCGAUCCCCUCAUCCGCCUGUGGGAUCCGCGCUCGAGGGAGGGCAUGGUCGUCAAGCUGCGUCUCGGCGGCCAUGCCAACUGGGUGUCCUCGGUCGCCUGGGCACCCAACAGCCUCUACAACCUCGUCAGCGGCUCUUACGACGGCACCGUCAAGGUGUGGGAUAUUCGCAGCACUACCCCGCUGUACACUCUGUCGGGAUCGAGCGAGCCCGAGCAGAAGGUCUUUGGCGUCGACUGGGUCGGUAAUCUGAUCCUGAGCGGAGGCGAGGACACGCUGCUCCGAAUCCACCAGGCCAAGCAACUCUGAUUUGCAAUACAUCUCUUUCUGCCAGC